UUCAGUUUCUCAUCCUAUCAAUGGCUUCAUUCAUCUUGCUUCUGCUUUGCUCCUUUCUAUGGCCUCGUAUAACAGUGUCGGUUACAGUGGACGGCUUAAACACAACUCAUUCAAUUAGAGAUGGUGACACCUUAGUUUCAGCUGGUGGAAUCUUUGAACUAGGAUUCUUUAGCACCGGUUCCAGCAGCAAAAGAUACUUGGGAAUAUGGUAUACAAAUUCUGUUACGACGGUUCCAUGGGUGGCCAAUAGGGAAGUUCCCCUUGAUGAUAGAUCAGGUGUUGUGACAGUUACCAACCAGGGAAUUCUUGUCCUUUUAGAUGGUAAUGGGAGCGCCGUUUGGUCUUCUAAUGCAUCGAGACCUGUUCGUAGCCCAGUUGUGCAGCUCUUGGACUCGGGAAAUCUUGUUGUGAAAGAUGAGGGUGACAGUAAUCUAGAAAACUUCAUUUGGCAAAGUUUUGAUUAUCCAGGCAAUACGUUCAUUGCAGGCAUGAAGAUUGGAUGGGACUUUAGAACAGGCCUGGAUCGUUACCUGUCAUCGUGGAAAAGUCCUGAUGAUCCUGCAGCAGGUAGGUUCACAUAUAGAUUUGAGCUUGGCGGAUUUCCAGAGGUUAUAGUUAGAGAGGGAUCGGCUGUGAGAUACAGGUCUGGACCUUAUAAUGGUGUGCGGAUGAGUGGGAUGCUUGAAAUGCAGGAAAACCCUAUGUAUACUUAUGAUUUUGUUUUUGAUGACAAGGAGUUAUAUCUAACAUUCAUUGCUCGAAAUAGGUCAAUUCUUUUAAGGGGGGUGCUAAGUAGUCAGAAUGGAGCUAUAGAACCCUUCAUGUGGAUUGAUCCAAAUCAGGGUUGGAUACAAAAUCUUCCACUUUACAUAGAUAAUUGUGACAGGUAUGCAUUAUGUGGAGCUAAUGGUAUCUGUGACAACAACAAGUCCCCUGUAUGUAGUUGCAUGACUGGAUUUGUACCGAAGAGUCCAAGGGAAUGGGAUGCAAUCCCAGGGACAGGUGGCUGUGUGAGAAAGACUCAGCUAAACUGUUCUGGAGAUGGAUUUAUACAGGUCUCCGCAGUAAAGGUGCCAGAAACAAAACAUUCAUGGUAUAGUUACAGUAUAAACUUAGAGGGGUGCAAAAACCUCUGCUUGGCGAAUUGCUCAUGCACUGCUUAUGCUAAUUUGGACAUAACAAAUGGAGGAAGUGGGUGCUUGCUCUGGUUUACUGACCUUAUUGAUAUACGAUACAUAACUGAUAGUGGUCAGGAUAUCUAUGUGAAGGUUGCUGCAUCAGAACUCGAUCAAAAUAAGAGCACAACAAACAAAACAAAAUCCAAUGCCAACGGAACAAUUAUUGUAGCAACCUCUGCAGCAUCUGCAGGAGUACUGCUAAUUGUAGGCCUAACCUUGGUCUUGGUUUUAAGGAGGAAAAAAAAACAGAAGAAAGGACCCCUGAUACACACCUCAGAUAGCAUUUCCGAUUAUCAAAGUCACAACGAAGAUAUAGAGUUACCAUUAUUUGAUUUAACAGCUAUUACUUCUGCAACCGAUAACUUCUCAAUGAAGAAUAUACUCGGAGAAGGAGGUUUUGGAUACGUCUACAAGGGUGUUUUGAAGGAUGGACAAGAAAUUGCUGUGAAGAGGCUGUCAAAGAGUUCUAAACAAGGACUCAAUGAGUUCACAAAUGAAGUUAAACAUAUUGCUAAACUUCAACAUAGGAAUUUGGUGAAGCUCCUAGGAUGCUGUAUUCAAGCAGAUGAAAAGAUGUUGGUCUAUGAAUACAUGCCUAACAAAAGCCUAGACUUCUUUAUCUUUGACCAAACUCAAAGAAUGUCACUAGAUUGGCCAAUGCGCAACCACAUUAUCAAUGGGAUUGCUAGAGGGCUUCUUUAUCUUCACCAAGAUUCCAGACAAAGAAUAAUACAUAGAGAUCUUAAAGCGGGUAAUAUUUUAUUAGACAAUGAAAUGAAUCCGAAAAUUUCUGAUUUUGGCUUGGCUAGAAGUUUUGGGGAAAAGGAAACCACAGCAAACACAAAGAAAGUGGUGGGAACAUACGGUUAUAUGUCUCCAGAGUAUGCAAUUGAUGGACUUUACUCGAUUAAAUCCGAUGUUUUCAGCUUUGGUGUUUUGGUUCUAGAGAUAGUGAGUGGGAAGAGAAAUAGAGGAUUCUAUCAUCCAGAUCAUCACCAUAACCUCCUUGGACAUGCAUGGAGACUAUUUUGUGAUGGCAAUUCCUUGGAAUUGGUUGCUGAUCCAAUUAAGGACACCUGCAAUCACUUCGAAGUUCUAAGAUCGAUUCAUGUAGGCCUACUAUGCGUGCAACGAAGUCUAGAAGAUAGGCCAAACAUGUCAAAUGUUGUUCUGAUGCUAAGUAGUGAAGUUCUAUUGCCUCAGCCUAAACAACCAGGAUUUUUCACUGAGAGAGAUCUGGUUGAAGCUACUUCUUCAUCAGAUAAUUUGAAACCAUCUUGUUCUAAUGAUUUUGCAAUCACAGUAAUAGAGGCAAGAUAAAUGAGAAUUUCAUGUCAAUGUUGUGACUUCUAGUGUGUUUAACCUUUUAAAAAUGAUGGUUGUCAUUGUAAGUAUAUUUGU